AUGGAAAUUUCAUCAGACAAUGUUAAUAUUUGUGGACCAAUAGAUCAAGUAAGUCAAUGUGCUGAAGAAGUGAAGAAAUGGCCUUCAGGUAUAAAAAGUAGUGAGAAGCAUACAAGUAAACAUAUCAUUCAAUUGUUAGAAAUGCCAGAGAUAGUGAAUAUUUGUUCAUCUACGACAGGUACAUAUUUCAAGACUGCCGUAGAACAAGACAUGGAAGAUGACGUGUUAAUACAUUUAAACCAAGAACCAACGAUGGAAAAGAAACGAGAACUGGUGAGUGGUCAAGCUAAUUUCCAUCCCAUCUAUACAGCGUGUAAGAAUGGGUCUGCAGGAGUCCUGAAAGCCUUGCUGAAAUAUGCUGGACCACAGGCUCUGGAGGAAGGUGAUGAUGAGACCAAAAGUACACCACUACAAAUUGCUGUCAAAAAAAAACAUUCUGAUUGUGUAGAAUUACUGCUGAGUUACAAUGUGAAUAAGGAUGCAGUAAAUGACCACAGACAAUCAGCUGUUCAUCUGGCCGUACAGAACAGAGAUGUAGCCACCCUUCGUGUACUGAGGAAACAUGAAUGUGACAUCAAUAAAAAGGAUGCCCUAGGAGAUAGUCCUGUAGUAGAUGCUAUAGCAAGACAACAAGGAGACAGUACAGAAAUGUUAGAUGUCAUACUAUAUUGGCCUGGUAUUGACCUGAACUUUGAAAAUAAAAACGGAUUUUCUCCUAUCCAUAUUGCUGCCAGGAAGGGAGAUUUAGGAGCAGUACAAAAUCUCUUAAAGAAAGACAGGAAAUUACUCAACAAGGAGAAGAGCGAUGGAUACACACCAUUACACCUGGCUUCAUGUAUGGACCAUCACCUAGUCGUACAAUAUCUCCUAGACCAGCCUGGUAUUGACAUUGAUGCCAGGACAAGAGAUAAAGGUCAGACAGCCUUGUUGAUUGCUUGUUUCUAUGGCAGCAGAAAGACAACAGAUAUUUUACUGAGUGAAAAAUACAAUUGUCAGAUUGAUGUGAGGGACAGUGAUGGUAACAACGCCUUACAUUUAUGUCUGAGUGGCCCACCCCAAGUCAUGGAAAUUACUGAGAUUCAGAGACCAAACCUGAGAGACAAUGACAAACAGAUAAAUCUACAACUAGACCUGGCCGAACUCUUAGUCAAUAAAGGUGUGCCCUACAAUGUUCAAAAUAACAGCGGGAAACUACCACAGGAACUGCCGUCUGCAAAGAAACUGAAAGAAGAAUUCACUUCUAUUAUCAAGAUUAUAGUUUUAAGAUCGAGUGGAGAAAAACACCAGUUAUGUCCUUUGUGUGAAGAAAAAGGUAACGAGGUUUAUGCUGUGUUUGUGGUUCAGCCAUGUGGAUGUUCUCUUUGUUAUGGAUGUUUCAAUCCAAAAUUCAAGCGCUGUCCAAACUGUGGUAAAAGUAUACAGUCAUACAAAACACUCAGGAGGAGAUUACUGAUCUUUAAACUUUGUUGGUUACAAGCACCAUAUAGUAGAAAGUAA